AUGCCUAUACAUUCAGCAUCAGCGCCCUUGAUCCACUCUUGCAUCGACCGCUUAGCGACCGACGAUGAUGCCACCGUGGAACUCACCGCAACGAUUGAGCGUCUAGAACAAUUGCAUUGUAGUGAGGUAGCAGAGCUGCAGGAAAACCUGAGGAAACACCUCGAGGAGCUUUCCGGUAACCGAUUCAGAUAUGAAAAGGAACGUUGCUGUACGACAUGUGGAAUUGACGAAAGAAGAGAACGAGGGGAAGUCAAGGGAAAAGGACGUGCAGAGCAGAGCUCCGGUUACGUGAUGCUAAGAUUCGUUCACUGA